UACUCACCUAGCGUUUCUGAUUUUCUCUGCAAAAGUUAGGUAGUCAUGAAUACGCACACACACACACAAACACAUUUAAAUAUAUAAUAUAAGAGCAUAAUAAACCUUUUAUAUACUUUAGUACUUUCUUUUUUCAUUUUCAUCUUCAAUUUCUUUAGAAUUUAAUUAAAUUCAAUGUCUCCGACUUCUACUUUUUCCUCCUCCUUCAUCUUUUUCUUCCACAUUUUGCUAUUUUCUCUUUUUGAAGCCGAGGCAAUGGAGAUGGAUUUAAAUCCGAGGACGGCCAACCAAACGUUGUUUGAGGGAGAAGGUGGAGGAUACUACGCUUGGUCAAGUAAAGAGUUUCCAUUUCUUGCUCAGGCAAAGCUUGGUGCUGGUAAGCUUGUUCUGAAACCCAAUGGCUUCGCUUUGCCUCACUAUGUCGAUAGCUCCAAAGUUGGUUAUGUUCUUCAAGGAUCUGACGGAGUAGUUGGAAUGGUAUUCCCGAAUAAAAAAUCUUCCAAAGAGGUAGCCCUAAAGCUUAAGAAGGGAGACAUUAUUCCCGUUCCUCUAGGAGCACUAUCAUGGUGGUACAACAACGGAGAUUCUGAACUAGUGAUUGUGUUUUUGGGCCAGACCACAAAGGCUUAUGUUCCCGGAGAAUUUACGUAUUUCAUUUUAACUGGUGGUCUUGGAAUACUGGGAGCUUUCUCAACUGAGUACACAAGCAAAGCUUUUAACAUGAACAAAAAUGAAGCAAAAGAACUAGUGAAAAGCCAAUCUGGGGUUAUCAUAAUCAAGCUAGAAGCUGGGAAAACCAUGCCUCAACCCCAAUUGCACAAAACUAAAGAAUUGGUUUUCAACAUUGAUUCGUCUUUGGCGGAUGGUAAUGUGAAGAGAGGUGGAAUAAUAACUACAGUUAACAAAUCCAAGUUUUCUUUUAUUGGAGAAGUUGGAUUGACUGCUACUCAUAUGAAACUCCAACCCCAUUCCAUGAACUCACCCAUUUACUCUACUGACUCGAGCAUCCGAGUGAUAUAUGUUGUGAAAGGGAGUGCUAGGGUUCAAAUUGUUGGUAUUCAAGGUAAAAGGGUUUUAGAUACUGAAAUUAAGGCUGGUCACUUAGUUGUUGUUCCAGCAUUCUUCGUCGAAGCGAAAAUUGCAGGUGGAGAAGGAAUGGAGUGCUUCUCUAUUAUAAGCAGUGCAGAGCCAAUUCUAGAGGAUAUAGUUAGCGAUGAAUCAGUACUGGCAGCUUUGUCACCUGAGGUGUUACAAGCCUCCCUCAAUAUUAGUGCGGUGUCUGGAAAACACUUAAUUUCUGAGAUAAGCAAGAACUCAAUUAUCCUCCCUUCAACAAAUUAAUUAUAUAAGCAAAUUAUAUAUAAUUAUUAUGAUUUCUCCUUUUUCUAGUUUGAUUAGCCAAUGAAUUAAUCUUGUGGGAAAGAUUUUUUAGUGUUGUGUAUUGUGCAUGAAGAAUUUUAUUUUGUUGUUAAUUUAAUCCUUAAAAUUAAGAAUUCCACCUGUACCGAUUGGUACCUAUUAUAUGUAUAUUUCCUAUUUCAUAACA